AACGUGGUUGAAAUUCCAAAGCCAAAACAAUCUCUUUUCCAAACCGAAUCGCAAGCAUGAUUGCAGCUUGCCAGUGUACUUGAGGUCAUAUUUUCCAUUUUUUUAAGCUUAUAAAGUUAUUAUUCUUGAAAGUGCUCUAAAAUUAAAGGGAGAUAAAUAACAAGUGUUCGACCGUAAUUCAAAUUCCGACCUUGCAACAUGGUCAAACGGAAUCACAAGUACCAAUCCGGUGAGGGUGCCCAAUACCUGACCCGGAAGGCAGCGAUGCGGAAACUCCAGUUAUCUAUGCAGGAUUUCCGUAGGCUUUGCAUUUUGAAGGGGAUUUAUCCGCGGGAGCCAAAACAUCGAGUCAUUGCCCAGCGCGGAAGUACAGACAUCAAGAUUCUGUACCAUAAGAAAGACAUCACGUUCCUGCUGCACGAACCGAUCGUUUGGACACUACGAGAUCGGAAGAUUUUCAACAGAAGGAUUGCCCAUGCCAGGGCAAAGGCGAAUCAUUUGCUGAAGAAUGUUCGCAUGGCUAACUAUCCGGAGAUCAAGCUGGAUCACAUCAUCAAGGAGCGAUUCCCGACUUUCAUCGAUGCAAUUAAGGAACUGGACGACUGCAUGACGUUGUUAUUCCUGUUCAGCACGUUCCCGGCAAUGAAGGUCGUUACAAGAGAUAUCACCACCUUGGCCAGAAGGCUCACAAUUGAGUUCAUGCAUUACGUGAUUGCGGCGAAGGCGCUGAGGAAGGUGUUCGUUUCCAUCAAGGGCUACUACUUCCAGGCGGAUAUUAAAGGAGAAUUGAUAACUUGGAUCGUGCCGCAUUACUAUCCAUAUCAGCCCCAGAGGAAAGAAUAUGUGGACUUUAAAAUUAUGAAGUCGUUUGCCGAUUUUUUCACGGUUAUGGCCGGUUUUGUCAACUAUCGGCUGUAUAACUCGAUUAAUUUGGUUUAUCCACCACAGUUCUCCGUUUCUAUUGAUUCAGAAGAAAGCAGAUCAAACGAGGAGACCUUCGUUUCGGAACGUAUCGCAGCAUUGAACAUGGAUUUGCUGAGAUCUGAUCGGCAGGGAGCUGAAGAGGAGGAUGAGGAAAUUGAUUUGAAGCUUUUGGAUAACGAUAAGGAUUCCGAGCAGGUCCGCAAAAUGCACGAAGAAGCUUUGAGUUUGAACAAGCUGAAGAAUCUGUUCAAGGGUUUGAAAUUCUUCAUAAAUCGUGAAGUUCCAAGAGAACCUUUGGUUUUCAUGAUUCGUUGCUUCGGAGGAAAGGUAUCAUGGGACAAACAUCUAUUUGCUGGAUCCACUUUCGACGAAACAGAUGAGACUAUCACCCAUCAAAUUGUGGAUCGUCCCAGUCUGAAUAAUCAGUACAUUUCCCGGGAUUACGUUCAGCCUCAAUGGGUCUUCGAUAGCGUAAAUCAGAGAAAACUGCUUCCCACAAACAGCUAUUUUAUUGGCGCCGUUUUGCCUCCACAUUUGUCGCCGUUUAAUCGGGACGAUGCGGUUUAUGUUCCACCGGAAGAAGCCGCCAUGCAAACUGGAGGUGAGUUUGAGAAACCAGAACGCGGUGCCGAUGGUAUUUCCGAUGAUGAGGAUGAAGACAUUGGGAUGCAGGAAGCACGCAAACAGGUUCAACUGGACUACGCUUUGGUUAAGGCAUUCAGGGAGGAAAAGGCCGAAGCAUUUAACAGCGGUGAAUCGAAAGAAGUCGACGGUGAAGAAGACGAUGAUGGUGAUCAAGAGCCGGUAGAGAAGGACGAACAGCAGAAGCGAACGGAGAAGAAGCAAAAGAUGGCCGUAGUCAGCGGUCAGGUUUACAGAGAAAAUCCCAAGGAGCAGAAGCAACUGACCAAACAGGAGGAAGCUUUGCGAGCAAAAAUGGUUAAAUCGAGACACAAGAAGCUGUACAGAAAUCUACUUGAUAAGCAGAAGAAAGCGACGAAGGAGGCAAAUUUGCUGCGAGAGAAACGACAACAGAUCGACAAACAGAAACGCCAGGAACAGACGCAGAAGAGGAAAGCACAGCGCAAGGAAAUUCUGUCUUAGGUCGUUAGUCGCUUUUGGUGAGUUUGUUAGUAGCUUAGUACCGAUUAUUCAGUUUCGAUGAAUAAAAUAAAUAAUUAUAAACUAUUUUAAACAAA